AUGACACUUCCAUGGGAAUGUUUCAUGAUGCGAACACCGAUUACUUUGACAUUGCUCCUAAAUGCAACUUCGAUACCUGCAAUAGUUAUUGAGAGAAUUGUUGCCACGUAUUUUUCAUCUAGAUAUGAAAAAUUUGGCAAAAGUAUCGCUGUUAUACUUGUCAUAGGACAGUUAGCCAUUGGUAUUGGAAGUUUUCUGUUUGUUGUUAGCAAUUUUAAAAUAUUCGAUACGGAAAAAGUGGUUUACUGUUGA